UUCGGCUGUUUCAGCCAUCUCCGGGCCGCGAAUCGACUCUUGUCCCGUCCGAGCCUUCGUCCUCUCUCUCCUCCUCUCCUUCUUCGUCUUCUUCCUCUUCCCGAUCUGCCUCGUCCCUUGGUGCUGAGAGUUUCAGAGAGCAGGAUGAACCAUCGCCAGUCAGAGCAUGAGCCCCUCGAGCAUUUCCAGACGCCGCUUGCAGAUCGCUUGUUGCGGCAUCAGUUCAAUGAGGAGAGGCAGUUGCGAUACGACAUUCAGCAUGUGAACGUGCCAGCGCCCGGGGUUGCUGAUCUGGCGGCGUACUCGUUACUUAGUGAUUGGCUGAUGUAUGCGGGGGUGUACGUGGACGUGACGCAGUUGCCGGGGCGGGAGACGACUCGAGUGUUCAUCGAGUUCCGCGCGCUCCAGGUGGCACCUAACUUCGUGCAUAGCGUCGCCACCUUUAUCGGAGACUUGACAAUCCUGCCGCAACCGAGUCGGGAGCUGGCGCAAAGCUUUGUGCGCGAAUACGCGGUGCAGGCGGCCAGAUCAAUGGCCAGAGUGCAAGGACGGGGAGGGCAUCGAUUCACAGCCCACGAAGCGCUGCUGCGCAGGGCAGAGGACAGACCAAUUGCGUUGCCGGAGGAGGAAGCCGAAUGGGAUUACCGGAUCCCGUAUCCAGAUCCCCCGUCCUCGCGGGACCUUUCCGCUUCCGCCAGCCACCCCGGAGUGCCCCGAUCAUUGACAUUAGUAGUUCCUCAGAGUCGGACGGUCCAUCAGACCGAGGUGGAUUUCAUGGUGGAGCCCACCACCAUCAGGCUCGAGGCCAUUGCGGGGGCACCGCACCGUGAUCCGGCGUGGGAGCCAUAUCUGACACCCCCUUUUCAAGGGUGUAUCGCGGCGCGGCUGGCGGGGACGUUCAUCUACGAGACCAGGCAGCGUCCCAAUGUGAUGUACCACUUCCUCAUCUUCGCGGCGCAGAAGCGGGAGCGGCGGCCCUACACCGAGACUCAUCUGGUGAUGACGGGUCCCGGACCCCGAUCGUUACGCAAACGGGUGGUGCGAGCGGUGGCAGAUCUGGCGCCACGUGUCCUGUCUCAUGUGUCGGGGCCCUUUCUCUAUCCCUCGUUCGUCCAGCACCACUUCCAUGAGGAGGACGCGUCGACGACUCCCGCGGCCAUGGCCGUUUUUCUUCCCCCGAUUCCGCCCCCUCUUAAUCCCGACAUCGAUCACUUCCUUUGAUGACCCUCGUCUACCUCUCCCCUCUUCUCUCCUUUUCUUUCUCUUCAUCGUCUUCUUCUCCUAUCUCCAAAGUUUGCACGUCGAGACGCGCUGUAUAAACCCCGUCUGAUCCAAAUGAAAGCAUCACGCUAUG